AUGGCAGAAAAAUCAACUAAACCCUCAAAUGUGUGGGGAAAACCUGUGCCUAUGAAACUUUUUGCAGCAUGGGAGGUUGAUCGAACAGCACCAAAUUGCAUUCCUAGAUUAUGCACGCUGAACCUCACUAGACUUGUUCUCUUGAAACCAGUAACAGGAGAUGUAAAUUCCGUUAUUAUUGCAGUUAAAAUGCAAAGUUCAAAACGAACAUUGCGUUCCAAUGAAAUAAUGGUUCUUAACAAUGGCCUUAUUGACACAGAAUUGGACCUAACGUUUUCACUGCAGUACCCUCAUUUUUUAAAGCGCAGUGGAAAUAACUUGCAGAUUUUGCUACAGCGCCGAAAAAGAUAUAAGAAUAGAGCAAUUCUUGGAUUUAAAACUCUUGCAGGAGGAAUCAUCAAUAUGGCUGAAGUUCUUCAACGACCAAUGGAUAAAGAUCUUGAACUGCAUUCCAAUAAUAAAGAAAAAAGUGAAGUCAUGGCAAGAGUUUUAAUGUAUGCUAUUUCUAGUCAGCCUGUUGAUCAUGAAGAUGCUGACAGGCAAAAAAUGAUACGUGGAGUUGAGAGAGUUGUAGAAGUUGACAAUUUUAGUGAUGAAGAAGAAGAGUAUACUUCAAAUGAAGAUGGUUGUGAUAGUGAACCUGUUGCAGAAGAAACAACAACUGGUGGGGAAACUAUAGAACAUGAACAUGCACAUUUACGUAAAUCCUUGAAUCAAAAAAUUUUUCAAACUGUUGCUGAACGCCCUGAUCCGGUAGAACGAAAUAUUAAGCAAAAAAUUAUUGCCUUACUAAAAAAAUUCAGAAUACCUGAAGCUGAGGUGUCUGAUUCAGAACAAUAUCAAGACGAGCUUGAACAGGAGCUUAUUUCUCAAAAUCCUCAAGAGUUUGAAGAUCUAAUAGAUGAACUAGAAAGCAUGAGUGAUAGUGGUCCAGAUGUGGAUGAUAUUAGUAUAUCUUCUACCCCUAAGCCAAGUUUGCGUCCAUUUUUUUCUUCAGGAACUUUGACAGCUUUAGAUAAAACAAGCAUGCCUAUGGUAAGUGAUGAUAGCUCACGAAAAACUGAUGAAAAUCAUGAAUCUGGAACUGAUCAAGAAAAUACAGAUACUAGUCAAACUGCAAGUCCUCCUAAGUCUUUAAACAUGGAUGAAAAGAAACCUUUUGCGCAUUCAAAUGCUGAUAAAGAGAAACGGACUAAGCUUUUUACUCGUGAAAAAAAUGCCUCUAAAGAUAAGCGCUUGUGCAACUCAAAAGAAGUUAAAGAAAAAGUAAUGUAUGAAAAAUCUACAUCUAAGGAUUCUGAAUGUAGUCCUCAAAAAACUGUAUUGGAACAAUUAGCUCGCAUAUUUCCAUCAGAUGACUCAAUUCCUGAUCAUGUCCUAGUUAUAAACGCAAUCGAUGUUGUGGGUAACUGUUUAGCUGUACAACUUCUUGAUCGAGAGGAAAAUGUUAUAACAAUUCUUUCAAAUUCUGAUUUGAGAGCAUCUUUUUCUUGCUUAAUGAACAAGAUCCAAAAAUUUUGCAACUGUAACGCACAUGCUCCACUACCAAUAAAAAUCGGUAUCCUUGGACAGGAUAGCUUUUUUAGCUCUGUUCUGCGUUUAUACGUAGAGCAUUUUUCAUUAAAACCUUCUGAAUGGCAAACAUAUGUAAAAUUUUGCAUAGUACCUUUGACAUCAAGUUGUGUUGCAAAGCACAUAGGCAACAUUGAUAAUACUUACAGCAACUCUUUUUUAGACAGUUCAUGGAAAGAUCUGCUUGACCAUUGCAAUGAAACUUCAUCUACUCCAGAAAUACAAGUAACAGUAGAUCGUAUAUUGCAUUACAUAAAUAAUUCUGCAUCCUUAUGGCAAUUGGCUAUUGCUGAAGCAAUGGUAACUUAUCGAGAGAAGAGCUCUGAUGAUGAAUCAUCUCAAAUUUUUAUUCCUUUCACUAUUGAUGUCAAAAUUGGCAUGAUGGAAGGUGUUACUCAAACUGCUUCUAUGGAUACUGAGGAAAUAUCACCCAAUCUAACUGUUCCUGGUGGAUCACCACCUUCAAAUACUGUUGAAAAAGGACCCCGUGAAAACACUACUCCCCCUAGUUCUCCUAGUAUUUCUACUGCAUUUUAUGGAAAUAGUUCAACUCCCUUACUGCAUAGCUCAAACAUCUCUACUAUGAUGUCUGGAGUCGGUGAAACUGUAGAUUUACAAUUGGAUUACUGGAUUUUACCACAAAAAGGAGAUGUUGGCAAAAAAGGGGAAACUUCAAAAUUAAGUUUAAAAACCAGUUUUCGAACUUUGCAUGUGUCACGUGUAAGCGGUUCUUCAGACGCAGCUAUAUCAUCUCUUACUCUCAUGUAUGUUACCAAAGAAAAGAAGCAAAAAAUUAUGAGGUUGGGUAAGAAGAAAGAAAAAGAAAAAGAACUUGAUAAUCGUUACCAACAAGUUGAAGGUAUCAAUAGACUUAUUUGCUCUUGCCGAACCUUACAAGCGCCACUAAAAGUAACUAUUGAUGGUGUAGAAUGGAGUGGAGUAAAAUUUUUUCAGUUAACUUCUCAGUGGCAAACUCACGUAAAAUAUUUUCCUGUUGCGGUUUUUUCCAUGCCGGAACAUCCCUGA